AUGGCUGUCUACGGCAGCCUCUGUAGAGCGAUGUCUCUUCGGGUGCUGGCGCCAGAAGCGCCCGGCGAUCGUGGCCUGGUCCUGAAUCUGACGCGACCCUUCCAGCCGCUCUGGUACCAUCUGCACUACGUCGCCUGCCCGCGCAUCCUCACCGUCGAUGGAUUCUUCGGCGUGCUCUUCCGCUGCGACCCUUCUCUCCGAGCGACGGAGGACGAAGUGUACCGCGAGAUAUUCGGAGCACAGAGCUCCGGUCUGUCGGGCCGGCGCGGCUGCGGCGGAGGAGGCGCGACGGCACGCCUCCCACAAGUCCCGUCGGUAGGGUCGACUCCCGCGCCUCCUCCGCGGUUCGCUGCGUCGUCCUUGGUGGGCAGCGUCCGCGAGCAUCUGAUGUGCGCGUACCUCCGGUCGAGGCUUGCUGCGUCGGGCGGGAUGGCGCCGCGACAUCUCGGCGUCAUCAUGGACGGCAACCGGCGAAUCUCUCGUCAGAACCGGCUGGGCAGCGUCGUCGACGGUCACCGACAAGGUGGGCGUAAGCUGCUAGAGGUUCUGACGUGGUCGAUGAGCGUCGGGAUCCACAACCUCACUCUGUGGGCUCUGUCGGAGGACAAUCUGAAACGAGGUCGACAAGAGCUAGAUCCUCUGUUUGCACUGAUUACCGAUUUCAUCCACGAUAUCGUGCUGGGAGACUCGCCCAUCUCCGUGUUGGACAUUCGCUUUCGAGCGGUCGGUGACCGAUGUCUGCUGCCGGCCAAGCUGAACCAGAUUAUCGACGCAGCCGAGCUGGCGACGCAGGGUAAUCGAUCUUUCAAUAUGCAGCUCGCUUUGGGCUAUGGUGGCCAGUCAAAGGUUGUCAGAGCGGUCAAACUCGGAGUAAAAUCCCACGCCCCUGAACAGUCCGCGACGAUCGAAGAGGCUUUGUCAAAUCUCACUGUCGUCGAUGUGUCCAAGCAUACUUACUCCUCUGAGCUCGGUCUCCCCCCCAUCGACGCCAUUCUUGGAACGAGCGGCGAGAAUCGCCUGAGUGGAUUCGCUCUCUGGGAGUCUCAAGCAGCCGAAAUCUCGUUCGUGUAA